AUGAUAACAUUUCAUCUUCUUGUUGGUAAUUCAGUGAUAUUAUCUGAAGAUCAUUUAGCCCAUUUAAAUGAAACAUUAUCUAACAAGACUCCACAAGAAAUUAUUGAAUGGUCAAUUGAAACAUUCCCAAAUUUAUAUCAAACUACAGCAUUUGGAUUAACAGGAUUAGUUACUAUUGAUAUUUUAUCAAAAUUAUCAAAAGGUUCCAAAGUGGAGUUAAUAUUCAUAGAUACAUUACAUCAUUUCCCACAAACUUUAGAUCUAGUAUCAAGAGUUCAAAAUCGUUAUCAAAAUAAUAAAGUAAAUAUUUAUAAACCUUUUGGGUGUGAAAAUGAAUUAGAAUUUGCUAAGAAAUAUGGUGAUAAUCUAUGGGAUGUUGAUGAAGAAAAAUAUGAUUUCUUAGCAAAAGUGGAACCUUCACAACGUGCUUAUAAAGAAUUGGAAGUCGGUGCUGUAUUUACAGGUAGAAGAAGAUCUCAAGGUGGUGCAAGAGAUUCAUUACCAAUUAUAGAAAUUGAAGAACAAUCAGGAAUCAUAAAGAUUAAUCCUUUUGCCAAUUGGAGUUUUAAUCAAGUUUUGGAAUAUAUUAAAGAAAACGAUGUUCCAUAUAAUGAAUUAUUAGAUUUAGGUUAUAGAUCAGUUGGUGAUUAUCAUUCAACACAACCAGUUAAGGAAGGUGAAGAUGAAAGAGCUGGUCGUUGGAAGGGUAGAGAAAAGACGGAAUGUGGUAUCCAUGAAACCAGUAAGUUUGCAAAGUUUUUAAAAGGCCAACAGGUUUAA